AUGGACGACAUAUCCGAUCCGUCUCUGCUCGCCGAGAUUGAAGAUAUCUGCGAUGAGAUCGCCUUCAACGAGGCUAUUCUCGAGAGCUUGAAUGACAACGGUGGGAACAACAGCGAGGACGAAGAACAGAGAAGGACAACACGGAAAGAGCUAAAGAGACUGCAUAAACAUAUCCGUGUUCUUCUACCAGCAUCGAAACACGAACAACACAGUGACCUCCCCCUCAGAGAGUUGGACCAUGAGGUCACAGCCCACCCACGUCGUGCUAGUCACAACUCGCAACAUCCACGACAGAACGAUCCUGGUCCUUCCGGCCAUCUUAUGCCUCCGCCCAAACACGGCCUAGCGAGCGGCAAACGCCAAAGACGAGACAGCCAAGGUGACGACCGGCCGGGUUCCAAAUCUCGACGAACAAGUCCGAGUCCUGGCUCAGCACGCACUGUCGCCCCAUCUCCAGCCACUUCCUCCGCUAGUCUAGGUAGUCUAGAAGAUCUGUUCAAUGAUGAUGACUUACUCUCCGGGGGUUUCUCUCGAGAGGACAUUGAACGGAACCAGGACUACUGGAAGAGACGGGAGUCACAAAAGCAGCAGGAGGAGAACGAUGCCAGACUUGCCGAGCUUCUCUCUCAGGAAUGGUCUGAGGAUGCAGCCACGGAUGCAACGCAAUCCAAUGCUCCACGUCAGUCUGCGUACACUCAAUCAUUUUUCAAGACCGACGGCAGUAUCAAUCGACCUCCCGCCAACCAGCGUUCGUCCUCCCAUGACAAUAUUCGAUCGCUUCAACCUAUCAAGACGGAACCCUCCAUUCAUACCACUCGACCGUUGACAUCUGUCAAGGCAGAGACUUCGAGCCCGAGAGCGAUUGACGCCGAACCUGGCCCUGGCUCCUUGAUAGCGAUACCUGGGGCUUUCCCGGACGGGCAAGCCUACAGCAGCGUCGGCGGGAGACCGGUGUACUCCAUCCCAAGGGCAUCCGACUAUCUCACAAUUGAGUAUGCCAGCGAUGAGGAUCAGGGUUCCCCUCCUUCCUCAGGCCACCCCAAUUCCUUUGGGUAUGGAUAUCGAGAAGCUGCUCAAACCCAGGAACAAUUAAAGGAGCUGUUACAGCACAUCAGGCCGGACGAGGAGCUCACUGCGGAUCAAAUGCCACAGCAGCCGCCAGAGCUGAAGGCGGUCCUUAUGCCUCAUCAACUUAGCGGUCUCGCAUGGAUGAAACGGAUGGAAGAAGGCACCAACAAAGGUGGCAUUCUAGCAGACGAUAUGGGGCUCGGUAAGACGCUACAGAGUAUUGCCUUGAUGCUCGAGCGGCCACCAGCCGACAACAAGCAGUCCCCUACCCUUGUCGUAGCACCUGUGGCACUGAUGCAUCAGUGGAAACGAGAAAUCGAGAAGAUGGUUCGACCACAAUUUCGCCUGAAUGUCUUUAUCCUCCAUGGAGAAAGUCGCAAAGCUACGUGGUCCGCUCUGAAGGCCUACGACGUAGUUCUGACCACAUACGGGUUGCUUGCAUCGGAGCUGAAACGCAAAAUAGCCCUAGAUGAAAAGGUUAAGAGAUUGAAGGAUUAUCGACCGUCGGUUGCCGAAGACUGCCCCGUACUGGGGGACAGAUCCCGAUUUCACCGUGUGAUACUCGACGAAGCGCAGAACAUUAAGAAUAGAAAUGCAAAAGCAGCUCUAGCGGCCUGUCGCAUUCAGGCAGAGCAUCGUUGGGCUCUUACAGGAACACCGAUGCAAAAUUCGACUGAGGAGAUUUUCAGCCUUAUCAAGUUCACUCGGAUUCGACCCUAUAAUCAGUGGGAGAACUUCAGAAGAUCUAUUGCGAAUCCGCUCAAACGCAGAUAUGGUGUUCAAAGGGACACCGCCAUGACAACACUUCAAGCGCUCCUUCGUGCUAUUCUCUUGAGGCGAACAAAGCAAUCUAAGAUACAUGGUCAGCCAAUUCUCCAGCUCCCUCCUAAAGAGACCAGAGAGGACCGGGUCGCCUUCGACCAGGACCAGCUUGAUUUCUACAAAGCUUUGGAGACAAAUGCUCAAAUCCAGGUAAACAAAUAUCUGCAGAAAGGAACCCUCGGCCGAAAUUACUCUCAGGCUUUACUUCUGCUUCUUCGACUUCGUCAGGCCUGCUGUCACCCGGCCCUUGUUAUAGCAGGCAAAGACUUUAUCCAACUUCCUGGGGGAGAACUGGAUACGGAUGCGCUAAUCCGCAAUGCAGAGCAGCUCGAUGUGAAGGUUGUUGAACGGCUGAAACAAACCGACGCUUACGAAUGUCCCAUUUGUAUUGAUGUCACGGAGAAUCCAUCAUUGUUCUUUUGUGGGCAUACUACAUGUGGAGACUGUCUCAACCAGCUAGUUGAGCAGGCGGCGAACGGCGAGAACAACGUACCUCCACAGUGCCCUCAAUGUAGGGCAAGGAUUGAUGUUAGCAACGUCACGGAUUACACCAGUUUUCUUCGCGUCCACUGUCCAGAUCGUGCGGAUGUACAAGAGCUGGAGGACAGUAAUACCGACUCCGAAUCUGACACCGACAAUUACAGCAGUGACGAUUCCGAUGAAGGUGAUGAUCUCGACGGUUUCAUUGUGUACGAUGAUGUUGAAGAUGACUCUCAAGAUGAAUCGAAGGAAAAUUCAAAGACACAAUCGACGAAAUCCGGAUCCAAGAAAGGGAAGGGAAAACGCAAGUCAAAGGUAAGAGCCAAAGAACCAUUCAAGAGUCUUGCACAGCUUCGAAAAGAAGGCAUGCGCAACAAAGCCGCGAAACGAAAGUACUUGAAACGGCUCCGGAAGAAUUUCCACCCUUCAGCAAAAAUCACGCGCACCAUGGAGCUUCUAGAAAAAAUCAAAGGCCACGGACAGAACGAGAAGACGAUCAUCUUUUCGAAUUUCACGUCGUUCCUAGAUCUGGUGGAGUUGCCUCUGUGGAAACACAAAGAUUUCUGCAACUACGUCCGUUACGACGGCUCCAUGAGCGCCGCGGACCGCAACGACGCAGUCCUCGAAUUCACCGACAACCCUGACUGCAACGUAAUCUUGGUCAGCUUGAAGGCCGGCAAUGCAGGCUUGAACCUGACGGCUGCCAAUCACGUCAUUAUGCUUGAUCCCUUCUGGAAUCCGUUCGUCGAGUACCAAGCGGCGGACCGAUGCUACCGGAUUGGACAAACCAAAGACGUCACCAUCCACCGGGUCCUCAUUGGUGAAGGAGAUUCCGAUCGGCCUCCUAACCCUUCAGGCUUCACGGUUGAGGAUCGGAUUCUGCAGCUCCAAGAGCGAAAGCGUGAACUCGUUGAAACUGCCCUUGACGAAUCAGCUGGUCGUGAAGUGUCGAGACUUGGUGUGCGGGAGUUGGGCUAUCUUUUCGGGCUCAAUGCCCUCUGA